UGUAUAUCUUGGGGUCCUGAUUCGAGUACUCUCGUGUCUAAAUGAGCGUCAAAUGUUAUUUUUUUUAAACAUUAUUGUCAUGUUUUCAUACCGCCAACUUUAAGCAUGACAAGUUUUUUAUGUUUCUGAUUAAACUGAUGUGUUUCGAUUUUCGCAAAAACUACGGGGAGCCAUUGAGCCAGCAUCGAAGGUAGGGAUCCCUGGCACCUGGAUUUUUGCGUUGAGGUUAGCAAGAUGGAGCUGGCGUAUGUUUGUGAGUGGGAGAAGCGCCCAAAGAGCAACCACUGCCCCUCCAUCCCUCUUGUGUGCUCGUGGUCCUGCAGAAACCUAGUGGCCUUCACUACAGACCUGAAGAAUGAUGACGACAACGACAGAGAUGUCAGUCACAUGAUCCACAUAAUGGACACGGAGCAUCCCUGGGAUGUGUACUCUAUCAACUCUGGACAUUCUGAGGUCAUUUCCUGUCUUGAGUGGGAUCAAUCAGGGUCCAGGUUACUGUCUGCAGACGGUGACGGUCACAUCAAGUGUUGGUCAAUGUCUGAGCACUUGGUCAACAGUUGGGAAAGUCUUCUGUCCAGUUCUCUGGAAGGAGAUCCGAUCGUGGCGCUGAGUUGGCUGCAUAACGGCGUCAAACUGGCUCUGCAUGUGGAGAUGUCCAGUUCCACAAACUUUGGUGAGAAGUUCUCCCGGGUGAAGUUCUCCCCGUCCCUGACUCUUUUUGGCGGGAAGCCGAUGGAGGGCUGGCUGGCAGUGACGGUGAGCGGCCUGGUCACCGUGUCGCUCCUGAAGCCGGGCGGCACUCUGCUGACGGCCAGCGAGAGUCUCUGUCGACUGCGAGGACGCGUUGCGCUGGCGGACAUCGCCUUCACCGGCGGCGGGAACAUCGUGGUGGCCGCGACGGACGGCAGCAGCUCUUCUCCGGUCCAGUUCUACAAGGUGGUGGUGAGUGUCGUGAGCGAAAAGUGUCGUAUCGACACGGAACUCUUACCCUCCUUGUUCCUGCGCUGCACCACUGACCCGCAGAGGAGGGACAAGUACCCCGCCGUCACGCAUCUCAAGUUCCUGACCAGGGAGAACUCAGAGCAGGUUCUGCUGUGUGUGUCCAAUCAAAAUGGCAGUAUUGUCGAGUGUUGGUCUCUGAGGAAGGAGGGGCUUCCGGUCAACAACAUCUUUCAGCAUCGAUCGCCCGUCGUCGGCGAAAAGCAGCCCACCAUCUUGAAGUGGCGUAUCCUGACCACCGCCAUCGACCUGGAGCGAGUUUCUGCCAUCGCUCUUCCCAAAUUGCCGAUUUCCACCUCCAACACGUCAGAUACCAAAUUCUGCCCCGGAUUGGGACUGGCUCUGGCCUUCAAUGACGGCACCAUCCAAAUCCUCCACCGUCUGACCCUCCACACGUUGGGCGUUUUCUACGGCUCUGGAUCCACCGGCCCGAGCCAGCGCUCCGGGGACGAGUCUGCCAUCAAGCGACAAAGAGCGGGAGCCUCCACCCUCCAUUUCAAGGCGUUGCAGUUCUCCUGGACGUCGCUGGCCCUGGCUGGUGUCGACAAUCAGGGCAAGCUCCACAUGCUGCGAGUGUCUCCCUCUAUGGGUCAAGUGCUGGAGAUGAACACCACGCUGCGCCACCUGCUGUUCCUGCUGGAGUACUGCAUGGUGACGGGCUACGACUGGUGGGACGUCCUUCUGCACGUGCAGCCCACUAUGGUCCCCAACUUGGUGGACAAACUUCACGAGGAGUACAUGAGGCAGAACCAGGCCCUGCAGCAGGUUCUGGCGACGCGGAUCGUGGCGGUCAAGGCGUCCCUGUGUAAACUGUCCAAGGCCACUGCGGCGCGAGCCUGCGACUUCCACGCCAAACUGCUGCUGAUCGCCAUCAGCUCCACUCUAAAAUCCUUACUCAGACCUCACGUCCUUAAUACACCCGACAAAAGUCCGGGAGACCGCCUGAGUGAGAUCUGUGCCAAGAACAUGGACACAGAUAUUGACAAGGUGAUGCUCAACCUGAAGACGCAGGAGUUUGUGCUGGAUGGUCCGCCGCUGCAGUCCCUGCAGCAGCUCAUCCAGUGGGUGGGCGACUUUGUCCUGUACCUGCUGGCCGACCUGCCAAACCAGGGCUCUAUGGCAAGGCCCGGGUUCGGCUUCAUGCGUGACGGAGCAUCUUUGGGAAUGUUACGGGAGAUGCUGGUGAUGAUCCGGAUAUGGGGUCUGCUGAAGUCUGGCUGCCUUCCCACCUUCACGGCCACGUCGGACAGCCAGGACAGCUUGCAGCUGCUCUUCCGCCUGCUCACCAAGCUCUGGCUGUGCUCCCUGGACGACGCCCCCCCCCAGGACCCCGAUGAGAGCCUGAUAGACGAGUGCUGCCUGCUGCCCAGUCAGCUGCUGGUUCCCAGCAUGGACUGGCUGCCUGUUAAUGAUGGCAUCAUAGUUCUGCUGCAGGGCAAGCAGCCAAUCAGGUUGCAGUUUGGGAAAAACUCUGCGUUUGCAUCCAUUGACGCCAGCAGGAGUGUGAGCAGUCAGAGGACAGACAACCUGCGAUGUGUCCACAUGGGCGUGUGUCCCACUGAGGAGAGCAAGGCCUGCACCAGGUGCGGCUGUGUGACGAUGCUUCGCUCGCCCAACAAGAGCAACGCCAUGAAGCAGUGGGAGCAGCGCUGGAUCAAAAACUGUUUGUGUGGCGGUCUGUGGCGGCGCAUCCCGCCCACGCACACCUGAACUUCCUGUCCUCGCUUAUGUAGGAAACACAAAUGCCUUUUUUUUUUUCCAUCUGUGUUUUACUGUCAGUUGCUGAAAGACUUUUUCAAUAAAAAAACAA